AUGGGCGAGCUUCCCAGGAACUGCUUUGCCAACGCGCUGGCUCCGACCUGGGCCUUCUUCUCUGCCCGUGUCACUCUCGACAGCAAGAGCUGCAUUAUUAGCAUCAUCAUUGUUUUGGCUGGAGCCAUUGCACUUAUCAUCGGUUUUGGUAUCUCAGGGAGACACUCCAUUAGAGUCACUACUCUCACCUCCGCUGGGAACAUCGGGGAGGAUGGAAUCCUGAGCUGCAUUUUUGAACCUGACAUCAAACUUUCUGAUAUCGUGAUACAGUGGCUGAAGGAAGGUGUUAUGGGCUUGGUACAUGAGUUCAAAGAAGGCAAAGACGACCUGUCAGACCAAGACGAGAUGUUCAGAGGCAGGACGGCUGUGUUUGCGGAUCAAGUGAUAGGUGGCAAUGCCUCUCUGAGGCUGAAAAACGUGCAACUCACAGAUGCUGGCACCUAUAAAUGUUACAUCAUCACCUCCAAAGGCAAGGGGAAUGCUAACCUUGAGUAUAAAACUGGAGCCUUCAGCAUCCCAGAGGUGAACGUGGACUAUAAUGCCAGCUCAGAGAGCCUACGGUGUGAGGCUCCCCGAUGGUUCCCCCAGCCUACAGUGGUCUGGACAUCCCAAGUUGACCAGGGAGCCAACUUCUCAGAAGUCUCCAAUACCAGCUUUGAGCUGAACUCUGAGAAUGUGACCAUGAAGGUUGUGUCCGUACUCUACAAUGUCACGAUCAACAACACGUACUCCUGUAUGAUUGAGAACAACAUUGCCAAAGCCACAGGGGAUAUCAAAGUGACAGACUCGGAGAUUAAAAGGCGGAGUCACCUGCAGCUGCUGAACUCAAAGGCCUCCCUGUGUGUCUCUUCUUUCUUUGCCAUCAUCUGGGGACUCCUGCCUCUCUCCCCUUACCUGAUGCUCAAAUAAGGUGCCUUGGCCACACGGAAACAUGCACAGUCACUGGUACGACAGAAGCCCAGGAAUCUUCAGAACUAUUUCACCACAAGAUAUGACCUAGUUUUAUAUUUCUGGGGGGAAAUGAAAUUUGG